AUGCGUACCCCUGCACCUCUCGAACAGGAUAUUCCAGAAGAAGCAGCACAGAGUGACGAUAAGGGCAAGAUACAAGCGCGGUUCGACUCUGAUGAGCUGGAGCAAGCUGUGAAAGAGGUUGUCAAAGCACAGGGAGUUCCCGAAGAUGCGCUGCUAAAGAAUGGCUCGGAAAUGGCAUGCAAAGUGUGUGUAUGCGCGACGAGUGCAGAAACCAGCGAGACUGUAUGUCUCACAAGCUACAAACACCCACGCGGCCACAACGACCUCCUGAACAGUGUCAAGUGGGAAGCAUGCCGUGCAACGUCAGCAGCAUCGUCCUUCUUCAGCCCGAUUGCGAUCGGCCCGUAUAAGGAAGGGUUUGUGGACGGGGCGACGGGCGCGAACAAUCCAGUUGUGGAAGACGUGUUUAAGCUGAUGCAGGCAUGUGCGGGCAACCUAGCGAGCCGAGAAUACAUUGGAGAAUACCAGACAAACUUUAGCUUUGAAGGCGUUCCCCUAGUGAAAACAUUUGUGGAGAGACCCGGCGAGAUGGCAGAGCUCGAACGAGUACUUCUGCCGCAGAGGCAGAACAUGCGACAGAAGAUCUUUGUACUCCAUGGACUCGGCGGCAUAGGCAAGACACAGCUUGCUGUCGAGUUCACACGGCGACACCGUCGCAAGUUCAGUUCGGUGUUUUGGCUCGACGGAAGCGAUAAAGUCAGCCUUAAGCUAAGCAUUGCAAGAUGCGCCCGUAGGAUUCCUGCGAGCCAAAUCUCAGAUGCGAGCAGAACAUACUCCAUGAACUCUACGGGCAAUAUUGACAAGGUAGUGAGGGAAACAAUGGACUGGCUUGCGCAACCGGACAACACUGAGUGGCUGGUGGUGUUUGACAAUGUUGAUCGAGACUAUAGCUCGCACGCCGCAGACCCGCUUGCAUAUAAUGUCCAACAGUACUGCUCUGGCGCGGACCAUGGGUCCGUCCUGACCACGACCAGACUAGCGUCGCUAGAGCAGCUGGGCGGUUCGCAGCAGGUCAACAAGAUAGAUAGAGAUCAGGCGCAGGAAAUCUUAGAGAGCUGGUAUAGAAAAGAGCUCGACCCGGUCGAAAGCGAGCGUCUGUAUAGUGCGCGCAACAGCUGGCCAGAUAAAUUGCACAAAGCCUGCUCAAUGUGUAAUCUGUCAUCUCCACUUCUUCUUCUGCAGCACACGCGAUUGUAA